AUGCCUUCCAUAAGCUCAGGCACCUUGAGUAUUUCUGAGCCUGAUCGACACAUUGACCACCUCAUGGGAGCUUUCAACCUCACCCCCUCUGUCCCUUCAACAUUCAUUCUAAUGGGCAUCCCUGGUCUGGAAGCUGCUCAGCUCUGGAUUUCCAUCCCUUUCACUCUGUCGUACUUUAUUGGCCUGUUGGGAAAUGUCAUGGUUCUGUUUGUUGUAGGCAAAGAGCAGACCAUGUACAAGCCAAUGUACCUGCUUCUCUGCAUGUUGGCACUCACAGACAUCGGAAUAUCUACCUCUGUCGUGCCGAAGUCGCUGGGUAUUUUUUGGUUCAAGUUGAAAGCUAUUACUGUGAAUGGCUGCCUCACCCAGACCUUCUUCCUUCACACAUUUGUUGCUAUACAGUCAGCCGUCCUUGUGACAAUGGCCUUCGAUCGUUAUGUUGCCAUAUGUAACCCUCUGAGAUAUGCCACCAUCCUCACCAACACACGAAUAGCUAAGCUAGGGUUCCUGGGUUUGACAAGAGCUGUUCUCUUCAUGCUGCCCGGGCCCCUGCUCCUGAGGAGGCUGCCCUACUGUGGUAACCACAUUAUCCCACACACGUACUGCGAGCACAUAGCUGUGGCAAAGAUAUCAUGUGGGGACAUCACAUUUCACAAAACAUAUGGCUUGGUGAUAACAUUUGUAGUCAACGGGUUAGACUUCAUGCUCAUUGUCCUGUCCUAUGGUCUGAUCAUCAGGGCUGUCCUCAGAAUCUCCUCCAAGAAAGCCCACCAGAAAGCCCUCAACACCUGCACAGCCCACAUCUGUGUGAUGCUGACAUUUUAUGCUUCCUGCCUCUUCUCCAGCCUUACCCACCGGUUCGGUCAGGGAAUUGCUACCCAUGUUCACAUCAUCUUGGCCAACCUCUAUUCCCUUGCCCCCCCCAUGCUCAACCCUAUCAUUUAUGGGGUCAAAACCAAAGAGCUUCGUGAGAAAUUGGGCAAAUACAUCUGGGGCCACUAA